CUCAGCACUGCUUAAUUAAUUAAAUUAUUAAUUAAUGGCCUUGAAAAAUAGCCAUAAGAUAGUUAUUUUGGUCAAUUUUACUACAUUUUAUUGUUUUAUUUGAAAUUAUUAAAAUCUCCUGUUUUUUUAUGUCCUAUUCUUCUGUUACGAAAAAUUUUCAUCUGGCAACACUGGAUCACUUCAAAAAAAAAAGUUAAAAGCAUAGCAUAAAGAAGCAUAAAUGUGAUUAAACAUAGCAUAAUGAGCAUAAUAAUUAGUACUUUCUAACUAGCAAGUUUUGUUUAUAAUUACAUAUUAUUUAUUGUAAACUGUGAAGCGAUUUCACAUUUUUGGUGUAAAAUUAUUAUUGGGGUGCAUAAAAUCAAGUGUAAUGAAAUGGAAGUCAAACAAGAAUUUAGUGAGGAAAGGUGUAAAAUAGAAAUAAAGUAUAAUGACCUGGAUGAUGCUCUUCUGGAUGGACUUAAAUGUGAAAUUAAGGAUGAAUCCAAUAAGCAAAGUACCCAGCACACAAUAUAUGAUUCUUUUGACUUGAAAAAGUGUCCCAUAAAAACUGAGAUAGAACAUGGAAAUGAACUUAAUCUAUGUGAAGAAUACCAGGAAACUGAAAAAGGUUGUCUUCAAGAGAACAAGAUCGAAGUUGUGGAGACACUAACUGAACAUUCUGAACUGAAUCAACAUGCGGAAGGAGAAACAUCAAAUAAAAAUAUGAAAGUUGGGACUGGAGAAAAACCUUACAAGUGUGAAAUUUGUUUUAAACAAUUUAGUGAAGCAUGUAAUUUAAAAGUACAUUUGAGAGUGCACACUGGAGAAAAACCUUACAAGUGUGAAAUUUGUUUAAAGCAAUUUAUUCAAGCAGGUGAUUUGAAAAAACAUUUGAGAGUGCACAUUGGAGAAAAACCUUACAAGUGUGAAAUUUGUUUUAAACAAUUUAGUGAAGCAUGUAAUUUAAAAAGACAUUUGAGAAGACACACUGGAGAAAAACAUUACAAGUGCGAAAUUUGUUUUAAGCAAUUUAGUGAAGCAGGUACUUUAAAAAGACAUUUGAGAGUGCACACUGGAGAAAAACCUCACAUGUGUGAAAUUUGUUUUAGGCAGUUUAUUACGGCAAGUGAUUUGAAAGUACAUUGGAGGGCGCACACUGGAGAAAAACCUCACAAGUGUGAAAUUUGUUUGAAGCAGUUUAGUCAAGCAGGUACUUUAAAAAGACAUUUGAGAAUGCACACUGAAGAAAAACCUUAUCAAUGUGUGAUUUGUUUAAAACAGUUCGCUCAAAAAGCUCAGUUAACUGGUCACAUGAAACGUCAUACCGGAGAAAAACCUUACAAGUGUGAAAUUUGUUUUAAACAAUUUAGUCAAGCAGGUACUUUAAAAAUACAUUUGAGAGUGCACACUGGAGAAAAACCUCACAAGUGUGAAAUUUGUUUUAAGCAGUUUAGUGAAGCAUGUAAUUUAAAAAGACAUUUGAGAAGACACACUGAAGAAAAACCUUACAAGUGCGAAAUUUGUUUUAAGCAAUUUAUUCAAGUAUGUGACUUGAAAAAACAUUUAAAAUUGCACACUGGAAAAAAGCCUUACAGGUGUGAAAUUUGUUUAAAGCAAUUUAUUCAAUCAAGUGUUAUGAAAAUGCAUUUGAGAGUGCACACUGGAGAAAAACCUUAUCAAUGUGAGAUUUGUUUAAAACAGUUCGCUCAAAAAGCUCAAUUAACUGGUCACAUGAAAGGUCAUACCGGAGAAAAACCUCACAAUUGUGAAAUUUGUUUUAAACAAUUUAGCGAAGCAGGUAAUUUAAAAGUACAUUUGAGAAGGCACACUGGAGAAAAACCUUACAAGUGUGAAAUUUGUUUAAAGCAAUUUAUUCAAGCAGGUGAUUUGAAAAAACAUUUGAGAGUGCACAUUGGAGAAAAACCUUACAAGUGUGAAAUUUGUUUUCAGCGGUUUUCGCAGCAAAGUAAUUUAAAAAGACAUUUAAGAGUGCACACAGGAGAAAAACCUUACAAGUGUGAAAUUUGUUUAAAGCAAUUUAAUCAAUCAGGUGUUUUGAAAACACAUUUGAGAGUUCACACUGGAAAAAAACCUCACAAGUGUGGAAUGUGUUGUAAGCAGUUUAUUACAGCAAAUGCUUUGAAAAAACAUUUAAGUGUGCAUAAAUGAAUAAAUAUAAAUAAAUAAAAUUUAUUACACACUUGACCUUUAACUACACGCGCUGGCGUAUUUUGUACGCCAGAUAUAAGAAUAUUACUGCAAGUAUAUCAAAAAAUUUAAUUUUUGACUUUGUUUCUCUAUCACUGGAAUGUACUUUACAUUUGGUUUUAGUUUCGUUAUAAUCGGCGUUCUGAGAAAAUCGUAGUUACCAGUUUAUUAUUUGUUGUUUCCGGUGGUGUACAUAAUACGCCACGAUUGUAGUAAUGUAAGUACAUCUUUCAACUGUUUUUUAGUCAUUAUUGCACAAAAUAUGUUUUUCUUUAUAAACAAUACUUUUUUUCAUGUAAAAAAUCACAUUUCAAAAAUUUUUUCACUAGUAAUUUUAUUUUUCGUGGGAUCAGAUUCCAGUUAGAAAUCCCAAUUGACUUUCGGAGAAGGAAAUUCAAGCAUUCGUUGAUGCCGAAUAAGGUUUAUAAUAAGCAACUAGGUUUAUUUAAAAAAAUAAACAAAACCGAUGUUUUUAAGUGUAUUCUCCUGUGGUGUAUAAAGUACGCCACGCGUGUAGUUAUGUUAUAACUUAAUGCGCGGGUAUUUAAAGGUUAGAUACAUACAUUUUCUUUAAACUGACAGGUGCCAGAAUCGUACUUUAGAUGAAACGCUUGUGGAAUUAAACUAAUUAGUAAUUUAGUAGAUUUGAUUUUUACACAAUAUGUUAACAUGUAGGUAUUUUUUAUAAAGGGGAAUAAAAUUAAAAAGUAAACAAUAUUGUUAAUUAAAUUUAUAAAUAUGGAAACAUUAAAAAAUGACAUAAAACUAUCCAUACACUGUGUUUUUAUCUUCUUCUCUAGGUGCUGUCUCCGCUUAAAAAGUUGGUAAUCAUCAGAGCGAUCUUUAUUUCUGAAACCGCGGCUCUAAAUAAUUCAUUGUUAUUACAUCCAAACCAGUUCCUAAGGUUCUUCAGCCAUGAG